AUGCAUCUCUUGACCCCCAACCACAUCCAGCUCGUUUCUGCUUGCUAUCCUUCUGCUGCCGCCCUCCUCACCGCUGGCCCCGAAUACUCCCCUAACUCCCAAGAGCUUUCUCGCCUCACCUACUAUGCCGCUAACCGCCCCGGGAAGAUCAACAAGCUCGGCGGGGAGCUGGAGAAACGCGCGAGGGUAGAGUGCAAGAAGGCGGCCCAAGGAAAUGGACGUUCACGCUCCGCCCUCCUGAUUACCCUGGCCAUCAUCAAGGCGCUUGCUUCAGAAUGCCGCAGAGACAUGGCUCAGAUAUCUCCGGCCUUGCUGAUGUCUGUCAAUGCGACUCUGACUGCGCUCCCAAAUGACCUCGAGGUCGCUGCGCGAGCGGCUUCUGUGUUCACUGCUUGGACAACAUAUACCGAUGGUCUAAUCAUCGGUAUCGACUUGAAGGCAACAGACGACUAUAUGUCUUGUCUGAAGCACUUCUCGCGACUGGGCAGCAUCGAGCACAAUGACCACGAGACCCGCAAUCGCAUGCGGCUCGUCGGUUUGGUAGCACUGGCCAGCGUCGUGAACUCCCAAGCCCUUUACCAUUCCUCCACGCACUUCCAGCCACAGGUAGAAGUCAUCAUGUCUGCUCUCUUGAUCCCCUUCUUCCAAGUCGACAUUUCAGUGCUCGACCAUGAAGUGUUGGAUAUCAAAGAACAGCCAAACUCCCCUAUCCUGGAUGAGUUCCGUUCAAUGCCCGCGCUAAAACGGAGAGCAGCAUCCAUUCACAUUCAUGUCGACGGUGAAGGCGGUCCGUCCUCUGGCGACGUCGCGAAUACCUCGCUGCGCGCGGCGUCGGCGCUGCUGGGUCACGCAAACGGCGGUCAAGCGUCUAUGGUCAUCAAGGCUGGACUUGACACCCUUGACACAAAAGGUGGAUGGGACCAAAUUGCCCACUGCAAAUGGCUCGCCAUGAAGUCUGCUGAAUGGACGCAGUACCAAUACCGCUACGGUAUCCCCACUCGGCUGGUAGAAUGCUUGACGGAAGGUCAGGACGCACGCACCCCCACCCCGCGCCAGCAGACAUUGGCCUCCAUGAUUACCACCGUCUUCACUUCGCCGACGCCCUUGGUGAACCUCUCGACAUCUGAUAUCAUCGCGAGCCUUAUUUCUAUCACUCUUCGCCGUAUCACCAUUUCGCCGGAGGACGCUCUACUGCCUGCGCUGGUGGAAUGCAUCUCAUCGCUGGGUACACAUGUUUACUACGCCGACCAAAUCCAAGACCUCGCAGGAGAACUCAUCAGUCGUCUAGUCAUAGUGGAAGCGACUGGCGUCCCGGGCGCGCCGAAGGACGGCCGAGAGCAAGCGCGUAUACAGGCCGUACGAUGCCUCCUCACUGGGCUGCUUGGCGAAGAUGAUCCCAAGAAGACCGGCACGCCGAUUCUCCCAAGCCUGGAGACUCGAUUAUCCAACGAGGGUCACCUUCGUCCGUCACGCCGAACAAAGGUCACUCCGGAAGUGUGGCAAGACACCCUUUCUCUGCUCUGCGAUCGCGAGUAUGUGGUACGGGCGGACUACGCCAAGGCGCUUGUGGAGUACAUCGACAACGAGAUCCCGAAUCCGUCGGCCAAACCGCUUGCCGAAUGCCCGACGCAGCAGGCCAAGACGCUCAAGACAAUAAUUUACGGCGACUCGACAACACGUUUCCUUCAUGCGCUCAAUGGAUACGCGUAUGCCCUGUUGGUGUCCGACCGACGAUCAACCAACUUCCCUUCGCGUUCUCGACGCACAUCCCUCGUUCUCCGCAUGCUCAAGGACGCACCAACCCGGAUACCCCCUUCUGGAAUUCUGGCGGCAAGCUUCUCGGAUUAUGGACACGCCCUAGCCAUUCUCACGGCAAUCCAUGAGCAACUACCGGUUCGGAGCUUGCUCUCUAGCGUUCCCAUGUUAGUCGCGCUUGAAAACGCCACCAGGGCGGGCGAAUCGUUGGAGGGCGGAGCAGCUGUCGCGGUGCGAUGCAUCAAAGAAGUUGUCGCCCGGACCUGGCUCGUUAUCGGCAAGGUGUGGGCCUGUUCUGCGGUGACUCAGAUGGCAGAGAAGACACUGGCAACUUUAUCUCCCGCUCCGCCGCUGCCUAGUCUCCCAGACUGGCAGUUUGGCACCCUGCCUCCACCCCAGAGACCGGUCUCCUUUCCGGCUGAUCUCAAAAUCGCCGGGGCCUCUCCGGACAUCAACUCGACAUCUUUGUUGGAAGCACUCGCGGCCUGUGCAAGCGUCCGUGAGGCCACAGGCCUUGGACAGGAAGACCUGCUCCGCCGACUGGACGGAUCCGACUGGACGGCGCACGGCGCGUUCAAUGAAUCGACGGAGACGAAACAGCGGUUCGACUCGCUCGCAGGCGACGGCCUAUCGCCCCUGAUCAAGAACCUUUCGAUGCAAUCCCUCGCACGCACCGGCCGCCCCGGUGUCGGCGUCACGGACCUUCGUGAGGCGCUGGAGGGCCGCCCGUCGCUGUCCAUGUCGAACCCAAAUCUGGCGGCGGCGGCGGCGGCGAGCGCGCGCGUGCCGUCGAUCUCGACGCUCGACCACACUUCCAGCGUCUUUCCCGACAACGCGACCGGCUUCUCGCGGCUCACGCAGACGCGUUCUCGCGGGCAGGCGCAAACCCGGGCGCGCCCGCGCCCAGGCGAGGUCAAAGACGUGCUCAACAAACUCGGGAUCGGCAAGCAGAACGGGAGCGCGGUCCUCAAGUCUUCCUUCCCGGGCAUACAGCGCACGACGUCCAGGAAUCCUCCCACGUUCACGCCACCUUAUACCGCAACAUAA